CGAAGAUUUCAAUCAAUGGAUUCCAUCAUAUCAUCAGCUGUCGAAGAAAUCUGUUCGACAGGUCGCGACGGCGUUGCUUUAUCUUCUCUCUGCUCAAAACUCGCUUCGAGCGUCGAAAUUAAACGGGUCCUGUGGGAAAACCUACUUCAGAUUCCAGCGCUUCAGUUUCGGAAGCGGAAUCGUGUUUACGAUAGCAAUGAUCGUUUGAUUCAGCCGUUUGACGAUGCGGAAAAGCUGGAUUUGAAUGUUGUUGCUAAGGAAAAAUUGUGCGAUAAUUUUUUAGGCAUUUAUGAUUUCUCUUUGGGAGGUGAAGAAAAAGAGUUCCAUCAACAGCCUCUCGUUCUUGAACGUAUUGCCAGUGCUAGGACGAAUGGAAUAACUCAAAGCCAACUUAGCAAGGAAUUUGGAAUUGAAGGAAACAGAUUUUUCUAUUUGGUAAAGAAGCUUGAGAAAAGUGGCUUAAUCAUAAGACAAGAAGCACGUGUGAGAACUAGAGGAAGUGGUAAACAAUGCCUAUCAACAAAGUUAAUUCAUUUAUACCGUUAUGCAAAGCAGUUGAGAUCUCAAGAGAAAUUUGAGGUUACCAAAGACGAAGGGACGUGGACAAGAGGAUUCAAACGUAGAACAUAUGAAGAGGAUAUUCUUGUUAACGAUAGUGUGCCGCUAAUGAAAGCAAUCUGUGAUAAACUUGAAGAAGCUCAUGGCAAGGGUUACUUAUGUCUUAUACUUGAAAGACUGUCAGAUAGAUAUAUGUAG